CUGAGGGGCAACAUUUCACUAUACGUGUAUAGGAAGAAGCUAUGGCAAACAUCAGAGGUUUGAUUAUGGAUGUGAAUCUGAGAAGUCGGGAAAACAACUUGGCUCACCGCACCAGGGAGAUCGAUAGGGAGCGCCUGAUUGUCCGCAGGGGUCAACCGUUCUCCAUAACUGUGCAGUGCUCUGAGACUCUGCCUCUUAAACACCACCUGGAACUGGUCCUGCACAUUGGUAAGAAAGACGAGGUGGUGAUCAAAGUUCAGAAGGAGCGUGGGGCCGGAGACAAGUGGUGGUUCAACCAGCAAGGAGCGCAGGAUGAAAUGCUGCUGACUCUGCACAGUCCACCGGACGCUAUCAUUGGCCACUACCGUCUGGCUGUGUUGAUGAUGUCACCUGAUGGACGCAUUUUAGAGAAGACCGACAAAAUGAAGUUCCACCUGCUCUUCAACCCGUGGUGCAAAGAUGACGUGGUGUACCUCCCUGAUGAGAGUCUGCUCCAGGAGUAUGUUAUGAAUGAAGAUGGAGUCAUUUACACGGGGUCCUGGGAUAGCAUAACGAGUAUUUUCUGGAGUUAUGGACAGUUUGAGGACUAUGUGAUGGACAUCUGUUUUGAAGUCUUGGACAACUCCAAGGAUGCCCUGAAAAACUCAGAGAUGGACAUCAAGCUCAGAUCUGACCCUGUCUAUGUCAGCAGGAUAAUCACUGCGAUGGUGAACUCUAACGGUGACCGGGGUGUGUUGACCGGUCGCUGGGUGGAGCCGUACUCUGGUGGAGUCCCACCGUACAAAUGGAACGGCAGCGUGCCGAUCCUCCAACAGUGGAGCAAGGCCGGGGUGAGGGCGGUCAAAUACGGCCAGUGCUGGGUGUUUGCUGCCGUAGCCUGCACAGUGCUGCGCUGUCUGGGAAUCCCAACACGCCUCAUAACCAACUUCGCUUCAGCCCAUGACGUCGAUGGAAACCUCUCUAUCGACAUCCUGCUAAAUGAAAGACUGGAGAGAAUUGACGAAAGAAACAAGGCAGACAGUAGCUGGAACUUCCACUGCUGGGUCGAGUCCUGGAUGAGAAGAGGUGAUCUUCCCAAAGGAAAUGACGGCUGGCAGGUUUUGGACCCGACCCCUCAAGAACUGAGUGUUGGUGAGUUUUGCUGCGGUCCGUGUCCAGUGACGGCUAUCAAGGAGGGAAAUCUGGGAGUAAAGUACGAUGCUCCGUUUGUUUUCGCCGAGGUGAACGCUGACAUCGUCCAAUGGAUCAUCCAACGCGAUGGCCGACGACGGAAGAUCAAAGUGGACCAGGUGAGUGUGGGGAGGAAUAUCAGCACCAAAAGUGUUUACGGCAACCAGAGAGAAGAUGUCACUCUACAGUACAAAUAUCCUGAAGGCUCCAGGAAGGAGAGAGAGGUGUAUGAGAAGGCGGGACGCCGGGUCACGGAGCCGACCAAUGAGAGCGCAGAACCAGGACAACUGAAGCUGUCAAUCAAGCAUGCUAAGCCUGUAUUUGGCACAGACUUUGAUGUGAUUGUUGAGGUGAAGAAUGAAGGAGGCAGAGAGGCUCAUGGUCAGCUGACCGUGCUGAUCACCGCUGUAACUUACAACUCUAUCCACCGAGGGGAGUGCAAGAGACAAACAGUCAGUGUGACAGUGCCAGCUUACCAAGCCCACAAGGAAGUGCUGCGUCUGCACUAUGACGACUAUGCCAAGUGUGUCUCUGAACACAAUCUGAUCAGGGUGAAAGCCCUCUUAGAGGCUCUGGGAGAGAGCGAGCCCAUCAUGACCGUGGCCAACAUCCCACUGAGCAUGCCUGAACUCCUCGUACAGAUGCCUGGGAAGGCUGUUGAACAGGAACAAGUAACAGCCUUCAUCUCCUUCACCAAUCCUCUACCAGUUCAUCUGAAGGGUGGUGUGUUCACUAUGGAAGGGGCCGGCCUACUGUCGCUCACUGAGAUCCCUGUUAAUGGUAAUAUAUUUCCCGGCCAGAAGGUGUCUGUCAGGCUCUCGUUCUCACCCAUGCGGUCGGGGGUCAAGAAGCUCCUUGUGGACUUUGACUCUGACAGACUGAAGGACGUGAAGGGAGUCGCCACUGUGGUUGUCCACAAGAAAUACCGCCCUGUAUACACUGGACGUUAUUGAGAACCUUUGAGCUGACUGGGACACGACUCCGCGGUGGGUUGGUUGAUGCUGGAGGCCCCGCGGUCAUUUCAUCUGAUUUUGCCGGAUUCCAACUCUGUGGCACAGAUGACGAGUAUUAAGAAUAACUAUAUAGAAAUAGACAUCUUCUCGCUGACGGUCCCAUUUAAUUAUGUAAGUCAUCAGUAUUAAAUUGAGACAGUUUGAGAUGUGUCCUCCAAGAUGACUGUGACCUUAUCCACUUAGAAAUACUGGAUACAGUGUUUAAGCCCCUAUGUGUCAGAUUAGAACAUUUCUGACUUUGUAUUAUGCCUGGCACUACAUGGAAAUGCACAGAGGUGACGCCUCUAGAAAUAAUGUAAAUACAGAAUAAUUUGCUUUGUGUUUAUGUUCCUCCUCUGUACCACUUCAUUUAUUUAUUUCUUACUUGACUGAAUUGCCAAGUUUCCUUCCAUCUUUGUUUUUUUCUCCUGAUCAGCUUUACAGCUGAUUUUUGGUCCCCGAUAAUGAAAUGACAACCAUCAGGGCCUUCAGUGGUUAAAAACAUUGUGCUAAAUGCGUUCUUUUGCACACUUGUUGAAAAGUGUCUGACUUCACAAAAAUGUAUGUUUCAUGUCUUGCUUCUUAGGUCCCUUAUUGCAUUGUUUUUUAAUUUUAAUUUAAUUUAAAUCAAAAUAUGAUUGGAAGAAACCAAUCAUUUCAUAU